UAAUUUUUAAAUCAACGUGGUAUACGUGGCAAUAAUUAAAAUAUUGAGUAUAAAUGGCUCAAAAUUAUAAUACCGCUCCUUAUAAUUUACCAUACGAUAAUAAUUUUCAAAAUCAACCAAAUAUGAUGAAUGCAUUAUCACCUCCCACUAAUGAGAAUAUCAAUGGAAAUUUUGAUCCAAAUUCCAUGCCAUAUAAUACCAAUUUUCAAAAGCCUCCAAAUAUGAUGCAAUUUGAUUCAAAUAGUAAUAACAUGCCAUCCCAAAUGCCUACAAAUUUCUUAAAUGGAGAUUCUCACAAUCAGUUAAAUUAUAAUCAAAUGCCCAAUUAUCAGACAAAUUAUCAAAAGCCUCCAUUUUUUCAACAAUUCUCUACUAUUAAUAACAUGCCAACACAAAUGCCCAAUAAUUUCUUAAAUGGAGAUUCUAAUAUUCAAUCAAAUUACAACCAAAUAUCCAGUCAACAACAAUACAUGCCUCCUCCACAUCCUCAGAUGAUGUCUUAUCAACCGCAUUAUCCCAAUCCGAAUCUUAUGGGUGGCUUAUCUCAGCCCUCUGUGGCCCCAUCCCCUAUAAAGAAACUGGAUCCUGACAGCCUACCCAAUCCUAUACAAGUGAUCGACGAAGAUAUAAAAAAUAAAACGGGCCUGUAUCGUUGCGAAGAUAAUAAGGAAUCUCUUCCACCAGCUGUCACCACUGACUAUGUUGCCGAUAACAAUGUGAAUUGUUCGCCCCGUUUCAUAAGAUCUACUCUGUAUUGCGCUCCUUGUACUCAAGAUAUGAUCAAAUCUACUUCUAUUCCUAUGGCCUUGACUAUUACACCCUUCGCCGAAAUGCAUCAAUCUGAAAGUCCACUCCCUAUCAUUGAUUUUGGCGCGAUGGGCCCUGUCAGAUGUAACCGAUGCAAAGCUUAUAUGUCCUCAUUUAUGCAAUUCAACGAUGGGGGCCGCAAAUUUUAUUGCCCCUUUUGCAAGACCAACACCGAAGUUCCUCCCGAAUAUUAUAAUCACUUGGAUUACAAUGGUAAAAGAGUAGAUUUGAGCAUUCGUCCAGAGCUUUAUUGUGGUUCAUUCGAAAUGAUAGCUACCAAAGAAUAUUGCAAAAACAACGAAUUUCCUAGCCCACCCGCGAUCAUAUUUUUGAUUGAUGUGUCUUAUAACGCUAUUAAUUCGGGAAUGGUAGCGUUGCUGUGCCAAAAUAUGAAAAAUCUUCUGUUUACUAUUAAAAACAACGGUGAAGAAUUGGGCAAUAAACUCAGAAUCGGAAUUAUAACCUACGAUAAAAUGAUCCAUUUUUAUUUGGCCAGAAAUUGUCAGCAACCAAGGAUUAUGAUAGAACCCGACCUGAACGAUGUUUUCAUUCCAUCUCACAAUGAAUUCCUUUUAACUUUGGAUCAAAUGAUCGAAAGUAUCGAAUGCAUAUCUGAUCAAAUAUUAGCCAAUUUUUCCGAAACCAAAUUGACCGAAAUCAUGCUGGGACCCGCGAUUCAAACUGGUGUAGAAGCCUUAAAACAAGCUAAAUGCUGUGGAAAAUUAAUUAUUUUUCACACCUCAUUGCCAAUAUUAGAAGCUCCUGGGAAAUUAGAAAAUAAAGAUGAUCCUAAAUUAUUGGGAACUGAAAAAGAAAAAAACAUUUUACUCCCUUCCUCCACGUUCUACACGAAGUUAGGGGAAACUUGUAUCCAGACUGGGUGUGGCGUUGACCUCUUCAUAUUUCCCAAUUCUUACAUUAAUCUUGCCUCUCUCGGCGAAAUAUGCAGGGUAACUGGUGGACAUGUCUACAAAUACGACAAUUUUAGGGCUGAAACAGAUGGGGAACGAUUGAUAUCUCAUUUACACCAAUUGUUUAAAAGACCUAUUUCAUUCGAUUCAAUUAUGAAAGUUCGCACCAGCACAGGCAUCAGACCUGUCGAAUAUUAUGGCAAUUUUUACAUGGAAAAUUCAACGGACGUUGAAAUUGCUAUACUAGAUCCAGAGAACAGUAUAACCGUGGAACUCAAACACGACGACAAGUUGUCUGAACAAGAAAAUAUGUAUAUACAGGUUGCCAUUUUAUAUACCACUAUGGGUGGUGAAAGAAGACUCAGAAUUCAUAAUUUAUCUAUGAAAUGUAGUAAUCUGUUCACGGAUAUAUAUAGGAUGUGUGAUUUGGACACUUUAAUCAAUCUCUUAGCUAAACAAGCUGUCCGAGGCAUUUUUAUGGCCUCCGCUAAACAGGUGAAAGAAACUUCUAGCAAAUUAUGCGCUCAAUCAUUAGCUUGCUACCGCAAACAAUGCGCAAAUAAUUCUUCCUCUGGUCAACUCAUAUUACCCGAAUGCAUGAAAUUACUUCCUCUUUACAUUUCUUGCUUAUUAAAAACCGACGCUAUGUUGGGAGGUAUAUCAAUCAAGACCGAUGAUCGGAACUGGAUUUUGUACAUAGUCAGGAAUAUGAGUGUUCUGGAAAGCAACGGAUACGUUUACCCUCGACUUAUACCCUUACACAACAUUGAUAUGAAAGAUGAAAACGCUCCGACUAUUCCUCAUAUGAUUAGAUGCUCGGCUAGCAAACUUGAACAACAUGGCGUUUAUAUACUGAACAAUGGCUUAUCCAUGUACCUAUGGAUCGGUAGUUUAGCUAAUCAAGAAUUUUUGCAAGAAGUGUUUGGUGUUACAAUGAUUUCUCAAAUCGAUAUUAAUAAGGGAUUACCACAGCUUAAUACAGCCUUGUCGUUAAGAAUUAAUUUUAUCGCCACUACUCUUCAACAAAGGAGUUAUAUACAUCCUAAGCUUGUGUUGAUAAGAGAAAUGGACCCGCAAGCUAACUGGGUCAAGAGGUUGUUACUGGAAGACCAAUCUACCAUAUCGGCUGAUAUCCCUUCCUACGUUGAUUUUUUGUGUUUCAUAUACAAGGAGAUUAGAAAUAUGCUGGAUUCUUAAUUUAUAUUAUUAUAAUAUGCCGAACAAUUUUUUCCUACUUAUACAUGAUAUUUUAAAGAAAAUGAAUAAUAGAUAGUAAGACGAAUAUUUAAAAUAUUAUGCCAUUUUUAUUAAUUCUAUCGAUUUAUAAAAACCUUCGGACACAGUUUUAAUUAUGGACUUAAACUUAUUUAUCAAUGUUUUUAAAACUUUACUAAAAAUUGUUUCAGAGCAAAAUACUAUUUGAUGAUCUAAACGCUAAUAUAUUUAAUAAUUUUAAAGUUUUUUUUAUUAGAAUAAAUGUUUUGUCAUUUAAUUUUAUUUUAAUAUGACUUUCUUUUCUAUCUGUAUGUCUACGUAUGACGAUAUAAAUAAAUUAUUAUUUAUAUUUUCGUUAUUUGAAUGGCCUGAAAUUUAACUUAUUUAUUUAUAUAAUGUUAUUUAUUAUGCCGAAAAUGAUGUUUUAUUGGUAUUUAAUUACAUUAUAAAACAAUUUUUUUUAAACCCAAUUCUAAAUCUUUAUAAAGUUUUUUUGGAA